AAAAAAGAAAAUUCAGAUGCUUAUAUAUUGAGAGUUCAGACAGACAUUUUGAGUUGCUAGCUGCCUGUCUGCAUAAAUAUAUGAUCUCUCCACUCUCUCUGCACAAACCCUUGAUUUAUUUUCUUGUUCUUUGAAGAUGGUGGGCGGUGGCAGCUCCAACUCAGACAUUUCUCUACCUGGGAUUUUUGCUAGUAGUGCUUUUGCUGCUUGUUUUGCUGAGAUCUGUACCAUUCCCUUGGACACUGCUAAGGUUAGGCUUCAAAUUCAAAAGAAAGCUGUGGCAGGUGAUGGAGUAGCUUUACCCAAGUAUAGGGGUAUGUUGGGUACAGUUGGCACAAUUGCAAAAGAAGAAGGUCUAUCUGCCCUUUGGAAAGGCAUUGUACCAGGUUUACAUCGUCAAUGCUUGUACGGAGGUUUAAGAAUUGGAUUGUAUGAACCUGUUAAAAACCUGUACGUCGGUGAAAACUUUGUUGGGGAUGUUCCUCUAAUGAAAAAAAUACUAGCUGGGCUUACAACUGGCGCACUUGCUAUUGCUGUGGCAAAUCCUACUGAUCUUGUGAAAGUACGACUUCAAGCUGAAGGAAAACUUGCACCUGGCAUUCCAAGGAGGUAUAAUGGAGCACUGAACGCUUACUCCACAAUAGUGAGACAGGAAGGAGUACGAGCUCUAUGGACUGGACUUGGGCCUAACGUCGCACGGAAUGCUAUCAUCAAUGCUGCUGAAUUGGCUAGUUAUGAUCAAGUGAAAGAGACAAUUUUAAAGAUCCCCGGAUUCACUGACAAUGUUUUUACACAUUUACUAUCUGGACUGGGAGCUGGUUUUGUAGCAGUCUGCGUUGGCUCCCCUGUUGACGUGGUCAAAUCAAGAAUGAUGGGUGAUUCUACCUACAAAAAUACACUUGAUUGCUUCGUCAAGACACUGAAGAAUGAUGGACCCUUCGCGUUCUACAAGGGCUUCAUUCCGAACUUUGGACGGCUUGGGUCUUGGAAUGUGAUCAUGUUUUUGACAUUGGAACAGGCGAAGAAGUUUGUUAAGAGUAUAGAGUCGGCUUGAGUUAGACGGAUGUGGCAAAUUUCCAUUCAAGCAGUUCUCGUCGACUUACACCUAAUAAAUGGUCCAUUGAAGGAACAUUUGAUAGCAGUUUAAGAAAUUGUAGUGAAAAAUAGGCUUCGCCUCCAUAUGUAAGAACAUCUGGCUUUGCUCAAGGAACAUUUUUUAGUGAGAUUAACUGCAAUUUGCGACGCUAAGCAACGUUGAAAUAUAUCCUGGAAUCCUUCUUUUACUUUUUAGUGUGCAAAUAUCAAUCUGAUGCACCAGUCCUUUACAUGAGUA